AUGGCCCUGGCCCAGCAAUCAACCGAGGAUCCUCUGAGCUUUGGUCGACACUAUGCAGUCCUCAAUCUCGAUUUGAUGUCGCUCCUGAUAGACGGUAUCAGGGACACAGCGGCCGGACAAGCGUUCAUCUCGAACUGCAUCAGAUGGAACGACGCAGUCCAUCAGAAAGAUUCCUCGGCCACUGACGAUCUUUACAAAUUUCUCCUUCGCAAACCCUUCGCAGCCUGA